UCCUGAUGGGAUGAUGUAAUUUUAUCAGUCCUGCAGUGAGACUCAGUGGCCCAUUAAGAGAAGAGAUCCCCAGUUAUGAGGGAUGGGUCCUGGAAGAGAUAAAGAACACUGCCCCAGCUGGUUUCAACACAGUAAUAGAAUACAUACUUCUGGUUACAUCUUUCAUUGCAGCCCAAGACAGUUGGACAUUGACAUCUGCAGAGCAAUUGAGUUGCUGGAAAAAUUACAGAGAAGUGGAGAAGUGCCACCACAAAAGCUACAGGCAUUGCAAAGAGUCCUUCAAAGUGAAUUCUGCAAUGCUGUGAGAGAGGUGUAUGAACACGUAUAUGAAACUGUGGAUAUCAGCAGUAGCCCAGAAGUUAGAGCUAAUGCAACAGCAAAGGCCACAGUAGCUGCAUUUGCUGCUAGUGAAGGUCAUUCUCAUCCCAGAGUGGUUGAACUACCCAAAACUGAAGAAGGUCUUGGCUUCAACAUCAUGGGAGGCAAAGAACAAAACUCUCCAAUUUAUAUCUCUCGAAUUAUCCCUGGAGGUAUAGCUGACAGACACGGAGGCCUGAAACGUGGAGACCAGCUGCUUUCUGUAAACGGAGUGAGUGUUGAAGGUGAACACCAUGAAAAAGCAGUAGAACUGCUGAAGGCAGCUCAAGGAAAGGUUAAAUUAGUUGUGCGAUACACACCAAAAGUCCUUGAAGAAAUGGAGUCAAGAUUUGAAAAAAUGAGAUCAGCAAAACGAAGGCAGCAAAAUUAACACCGUGUGCAAUAACUUAAAGAGAAAAUAUAUAUCCCUUUUACAUUUUAUAGUUUCUUUGUGACUCAGUUGAUCCAAUGCCUGUGAUAAGACCCUGUCCUUUUUGUAGAAUCAUGGAACAGUUGAGGUUGGAGGGUCUAGAUGUAGUCCAUUCCCCAUUGCCCAUCUCAGAGGAGGGCCAGCUGGAGCAGGUUGCUCAGGAGUGUGAAAGCUGGGUUAUUAACCAUCUCUAAGGGUGGAGACUCCAGAAGAUCUCUGGAUAGCCUGUUUCUAGUGUUUUGUUCUCCCUUACACUAUGAAGAUCCAUUCCUAUGUUUAAGUAGAGCUUCUGAUAUUUCCACUUGCACCCGCUUCCUCUUGUCCAAUCACUAGAUUUACUGGGAGGAGUUAGGCUCUUCCUUUACUCCUCCCUUUCAGGCAUUUACACAGGUUGGUAAGAUCACCCAAGCCUUCUCUUCUCCAGGCAAGAGAGACAAUCCCAGUUCUCCCAACGUCUCCUUGUAAGAUACUCCAAUCACUUCAUCCAGCCCUGAACUGGAUUCACUCUUGCUCAUUUCUGUAUUAAACUGGGGAGCCCAAAACUGGACCCAGCAUUUGAGCUGCAUCUCACAAGGACUGAGCAGAGUGGAAGAAUCCCCUCCCUCAGCUUGCUGGCAGUGUUCUUUCCAGUGUAGACCAGGAGACUGUUGUGCUUCUUUGCUGCAAGGGCACAUGGUGGCUCGUGGCUUGCUACUGUUCUCUGCAAGGCUGCUUUGCAGUUGCUCAAUCCCCCAGUCUGUGGGUUGUUCCCCCUCAGUGUAGGACUUUGCACUUUUCUUUGCUGAACUCUGAGACUCUCCUUUGCCCAUUUCUCCAGCCUGCUGAGGUCCCUUUGAAUGGUUCACUGGGAGUGUGGUCUGUCCCAUCCCCUGGGCUGUUUGUACAAACAUGCAAAUUGGGGACCCCAGUACGGGCUCUGGGGUGCAUUGGUGGUGAUGGGCAUCCAGCAGGGCGUUCUGCCACUGGUCACAGCAAUCUGCAGUUCAGCCAGCUUCAGAAUGUUUUCAGUCUCCUUCUGUUUCACAGUUUAGAAGGAAUGUGUAGGUUUAGAAUGGCCUAAAAUGCCCUGGAAAAGCAUAUAUGGUAAUAUUUCUGUUGAUAUUUUUAAUAAGCCUUUUGUCAGACUUCAAAGCCAGAAAGUGAAUUUACAGAUUUUUCAAAAGCAUUUAAUAAGACAUACAAUCAGCAUCCUUUUUUUUCCUCUUUUCUUUUGACAUUUCUUAGCAUAGAAUCUGCUGGGGUUUUUGCUAGCUGAUUUUUUAAAAAAAAGAAGAUUCUUAUGUAGCAGUAUUUUCGCACUUUUCUUAAGAAUAUGUUUUAUGUCAACUACAAAAUGUAAUCACAAUCUACUGUGUAGCUGAUAAUGAUACCAGAUUUUGUAAUGUUUUUGGUAAGUACAUUGUUUUUACACUUCUGCUAAAUUAUAAUUCGCCAUUCUGGAAAUUGUAUUACCUCUCCUGUAAAUAAUUUACAGUUGGUGUUCUUAUAUAAUGAUGUUGUAAUAGCCAACAUUUACAAAUUUACAACAAUCAUUCCUGCAAUUUACAUUAUUUUGUACUAAUUUUGAAGCAGCUGUGGGGAAAAACAUGAUUGCUGUAUGUAGUUCUGGAUUGACUCUCUAGAUGUAUUUUUAUAUUGAUAAACAGAAGAUAUAUAAAUGCAGUGCAACAGAAUUCCAGAUGUUUCCCUGACUUUCUGCUGUGUAAAAGAAUUAUUCAUCUUAAUUGUCAUACCAUUCUUGUCUUUUUAGUAUCAUUUACUGUAGUUUUAUUUACAUAUUGAAUGUAUUGGUUCUGAAAUUAUUAGUACCUAAAUUACUGAUUGUUAUUAAGAGUAAAAUGAUUUGAGUCUUAUAUGCCAGGUUACUGUGACAUGUGAACUUGUCUGGGGUUUUAUUACUGACUGCUCCUGACUUGGGGGAUUCUUGUUUGUACUACAGAAGUACUACAUCACAACUGCUAAAUAAGGACAUCUCCAUCUGUAAACAAUUACUGUCUUAUCUCAUGUGUUCUUGAUGGUGGCAUGGGUUUUGUGUACCAUUUUGAAAAUUUCUGGACAUGGAUCCACUUUUUGGAAUCUACCAGGUUUGAUGCUGUACUUGUGUAGUUUAGGUUUUGGGUUUGGGGUUGGGUUUUUUAAGCUUCACCUUUUGAAGAAUUAAUUUCAUUGUCUACUGGGCAUCAGUUCACUUGUAUGGCAGCUAUGAGUACAUCCUAAUUGACUGCUAAUAAUUUGAUUUUUAGAGGCUUAAACUGAAAAGUGCAGUUCUUGCUGUGUGGCUGAUCCCUAGUCUUAUUUCACAUGAAGCAGUAUGUGAAAGAAAGGAAAAGGUUAAUAAUCUAAAAAUCACAGCUUGAGGCUUGUGCUUUGUCAGUUGAUCUAUUUGAAAAAAAUAAUGGUUGCUAUGAGCAAGUGAGAAAUGUGAUUGCUUUCUACACGUUUGUAAGCAUGGGAAGCCUGCAAAGAGAAGUUUGGGAGAUACUGGUAAUUUGAAAAUGCAGUAUAAAUAUUUAUCAGUUAGAUGACAUUGAGCACUGAAUUGCAUGGUUGGUUUUAUGUCAUAGGCCUCUUUCUAAAGGUCUCAUGUUACUGAUACAACCAUGUUGUGGAAUUGUAUAUUUUUAUGGAACAACUAAUGUUUAAAGUACUGAGACCAAAAUCACUAGUUAGACCAAUUGUGGAUGUGUUUUAAUUUAAUUGUUAAUUAGUAGAGAUACGUUUUAGAGCCAUAUAUAAAUAUAUAUAUAUAAAUAUAUUACAGAAAGGUGUGGAUACAAGAUAGGAAUGUUCAUUUUACGAACUGUGUCCUUGUAUUACUGAACAAGAGGUGUGUUUUGUUAUUCUAAUGAAAUACUUUACUGCAGCUAGAGCUGCUAAAUGCAGUAGCAUUUUCAUUAUGGAUUGUAGCAUUUGGUUAUGGUUUAUCAACUACAAAAUGUGGAGAGGUGUAUCUGGGCAUAUAAAUAGUAUGUGUAGAAUUGGAUAAAUGUUUUUAAAUUGCAGUAACAAAAAAUAAGUGUCAACUAAUUAAUAAUCACAUUUGAUGCUAUGAGAAUCCUUUAAUAAUAAGAAAAGGGUCGAUUAAAAUACUGCAAGAAACUUGAUCUCUGUUACUACUGAGCAGUGCCUGUACUGUGUUAAUAUGCAGCCCCUACACACUUCUCAUAUUUGGGUAUACAAACAGAUUAAGAAGAGGUAUCAUUUCUGCAAGUAACUUCUGCAUCUGUUGCUGCUGUGAAGGAUCUUUGGGUUUUAUCAACAGAAAAAUAAAAAUUCAGUCUUGCACACA